AUGAAGUGGACACGACCGGUUGGAGGCUCGAUUGGGGCGAGAGGGGGAGGCAAACUAGUAGAGAAUCUAGGAAUCGCCUUUGACGGAUUGGUGCUCUUGAUAUUCAUCCGCGAGGCAAAACCCAGACGAGGAGUUCAAGUGGAUGGUGGGGAGCGAGGACACCGAAUGUGGCUUAAGGCAGCAGAGUUUAACCGGGCGUUAGGAUGA